GCCGCGGCCGAGGCUGGCUUUGUGCUUGCUCUUUUGGGGGCUGGAGGGGGGCGAGGAGAGGGCGUUCGGAAAAGUACGAUCCCAUUUUAGCCCCGUGGGGAGGACGUUUCCCCUCGGGGGACGCGUCUGGGGAGGCGGAGGAGCGCCCACACGCGCCCCGCUCUGCCUGGGAGACCGGGCACCGGAACGCACUUGAACCGGGAAUGUUUUUCUCGCGGGCGUGUUUGACGCGACCACCGGGCAGUGUGGAGGAAGGGUCUCUGGAAGCCACGCUCGAGCCUCGACCCGUCGGAUUCCUCCCGGAUCGGGAGUGGCGCUGGGAGGAAGGGGACCGUUUCUGCAGUUGGCCCGGACACCAGCUGCCAAGAAGACCUGUCGCCUUUGUUUUUUUGAAGUGUCCAGAAAUGGAAGAAGACGGCGAAGUCCGUUGAAGUCCGAAAAACUCACGGGAUUUGAAGGGGCUUCCAGAAAGCCUUCAUUUCCUGGCACUUCGUCUCCCCAAGCCUGCCCUCCUCGGAGCCUGGUGCGGAAUUCUUCCCUUUUUGGUGUUUGGUGGCAUUUCCCCCCCAAUGUGGACUCCACAGGAUUUGUCCCCUCUUUGUAAUUUGGAAUGAGAUGAUGGCCACGCGUCGGACUGGUCUGCCUGAGGGAGAUGGUGACAAGCUCAAGGCCUUCGAGGUCUCAAAAAAUAAAGAUGGAAAAGAACAAAGCGAAACUGUAUCACCGUCCGAAGAUGAAACAUUCGCCUGGCCAGGUCCCAAAACAGUUAUGCUGAAAAGAACAUCUCAAGGCUUUGGUUUUACAUUAAGGCAUUUUAUUGUUUAUCCCCCAGAGUCUGCAAUUCAAUUUUCAUAUAAGGAUGAAGAAAAUGGAAACAGAGGAGGAAAACAAAGAAACCGCUUGGAACCAAUGGAUACCAUAUUUGUUAAACAAGUUAAAGAAGGGGGACCUGCUUUUGAAGCUGGAUUAUGCACAGGUGACCGAAUUAUAAAAGUCAAUGGAGAAAGUGUUAUUGGCAAGACCUAUUCCCAAGUAAUUGCUUUAAUUCAGAACAGUGAUACAACAUUGGAACUUAGUGUUAUGCCAAAAGAUGAAGACAUUCUCCAAGUGCUGCAAUUUACAAAGGAUGUCACAGCACUGGCAUAUUCUCAAGAUGCCUACCUGAAAGGCAACGAAGCCUACAGCGGCAAUGCCCGCAAUAUACCCGAACCUCCACCUAUCUGCUAUCCCUGGCUGCCACCUGCCCCGCCAGCCACGGCACAGCCAGCUGAAAUCUCUCCUCCAGACUCAUCACUGAGCAAGCACCAAACCAGUACACCAGUACUCGUGCAACCUGGCAGGGCCUAUAGAAUGGAAAUACAAGUGCCUCCUUCACCAACAGAUGUUGCAAAAUCAAACACAGCAGUGUGCGUUUGCAAUGAAAGUGUAAGGACUGUCAUUGUGCCUUCUGAGAAGGUCGUAGAUUUGUUAUCCAAUAGAAACACCCACGCAGGUCCUUCACAUAGAACUGAAGAAGUGAGGUAUGGCAUGAAUGAGCAGACCUCUUUAAAAACAGUGUCAAGAACCACUUCACCACCUUCAUCGAUUCCCACUGCCCAUCUAAUUCAUCAGACUACAGGCUCCAGAUCGUUGGAACCUUCCAGAAUUUUACUUAAAUCUGGAAAUUACAGCGGACAUUCAGAAGGAAUCUCAAGCAGUAGGCCUCAAGCUGUGGAUUCCUCUUCUGUUUCCGUUAAUCACUACUCGCCAAAUUCCCAUCAGCACAUAGACUGGAAAAACUAUAAAACAUACAAAGAGUAUAUUGAUAACAGACGAUCACACAUAGGUUGUCGGACAAUUCAAGAAAGACUAGAUAGUUUGAGAGCAGCAUCUCAGAACACAACAGACUAUAACCAGGUGGUACCCAACCGCACGACUCUGCAGGUACGACGUCGAAGCACCUCUCACGACCGAGUGCCCCAGUCUGUUCAGAUCCGGCAGCGCAGCGUGUCCCAGGAAAGGCUGGAGGAUUCUGUGCUGAUGAAAUACUGCCCGAGAAGCGCCUCUCAAGGAGCACUGACGUCUCCCUCUGUUAGUUUUAGUAAUCACAGAACUCGCUCAUGGGAUUAUAUUGAGGGACAGGGUGAAACUGUAGAAAAUGUCAAUUCUGAGAGUCAAACACCUGAUUCCAAUGGAGAGCGAAAACAGACUUAUAAGUGGAGUGGAUUUACCGAACAGGAUGACAGACGAGGCAUUUACGAAAGACCCAGGCAACAAGAAGUUCAUAAAUCUUUCCAAGGUUCAAAUUUUACCGUGGCCCCAAGCGUCGUUAAUUCUGACAACAGGCGGAUGGUGGCAGGUAGAGGAGUGGGAUCUGUGUCACAGUUUAAAAAAAUCCCACCAGAUCUGAAAACACUGCCACCCAACAGAAAUUUUCAGGCUACCUGUGGAAUGUCACUGCCUCAGGGGAUGUCACAAGAGAGGUCACCUCUUGUGAAAGUCCGAAGUAGCUCCCUGAAAGCGCCUUCCACACACGUCACAAAACCAUCGUUCAGCCAGAACUCCUUUGUUUCGAUGAAAGACCAAAGACCAGUAAAUCACUUACAUCAAAAUAGCCUACUGAGUCAGCAGGCGUGGUUAAGAACUGAAAGUGUCCCCGAUCAGCACGUGGAAACUGGAAAAUCCCCUCCUUUCUCUGGAGCCUCCGCUAAGCCUACCCCGCAGAUGAGUGACAACUCUGGCCCUCCAGACUUAGAAUUACCCGUCAGUCCAGCAAAUCAAGAUUUAAAUUUACAAGAGGCUGACAUUCAGCAAUCAGAUGCUUUAGAUAAUAAAGAAACUGUCAUCCUAAGAGAAAAACCUCCAUCUGGGCGCCAGACCCCGCAGCCCUUAAGGCAUCAGUCUUACAUCUUGGCAGUCAAUGACCAGGAGACCGGCUCAGACACCACGUGCUGGCUGCCCAACGACGCCCGCCGGGAGGUCCACAUAAAAAGAAUGGAGGAGAGGAAGGCCUCCAGUACCAGCCCGCCCGGCGACUCCUUGGCUUCCAUCCCAUUUAUAGAUGAACCAACUAGCCCCAGCAUCGAUCAUGACAUUGCACAUAUCCCCGCUUCUGCUGUUAUCUCUGCCUCUACCUCUCAGGUCCCCUCCAUAGCGACAGUUCCUCCCAGCCUCACAACUUCAGCUCCCUUAAUUCGACGUCAACUCUCCCAUGAUCAUGAAUCUGUCGGACCCCCCAGCUUGGAUGCCCAGCCCAGCUCAAAGACAGAAAGGUCAAAAUCAUAUGAUGAGGGUCUGGAUGAUUACAGGGAAGAUGCAAAAUUGUCCUUUAAACAUGUAUCUAGCCUGAAAGGAAUCAAGAUCUCAGACAGCCAGAAGUCCUCAGAAGACUCUGGAUCCAGAAAAGAUUCCUCCUCAGAGGUUUUCAGUGAUGCUGCUAAGGAAGGGUGGCUCCAUUUCCGGCCACUUGUCACCGAUAAGGGCAAGCGAGUUGGUGGAAGUAUUCGGCCAUGGAAACAGAUGUAUGUUGUACUUCGGGGCCACUCACUUUACUUGUACAAAGAUAAAAGAGAGCAGACGACGCCAUCUGAGGAAGAGCAGCCCAUCAGUGUUAAUGCUUGCUUGAUAGACAUCUCCUACAGCGAGACCAAGAGGAAAAAUGUGUUUCGACUCACCACGUCCGACUGUGAGUGCCUGUUCCAGGCUGAAGACAGAGAUGAUAUGCUGGCGUGGAUCAAGACCAUCCAGGAGAGCAGCAACCUCAACGAAGAGGACACUGGAGUUACUAACAGGGAUCUAAUUAGUCGAAGAAUAAAAGAAUAUAACAGUCUGAUGAGCAGCAAAGCAGAACAGUUGCCAAAAACACCUCGCCAGAGUCUCAGCAUCAGGCAGACUUUGCUUGGUGCUAAAUCAGAGCCAAAGACUCAAAGCCCGCACUCUCCAAAGGAAGAGUCAGAAAGGAAACUUCUCAGUAAAGACGAUACCAGUCCCCCAAAAGACAAAGGCACAUGGAGAAAAGGCAUUCCAAGUAUUAUGAGGAAGACAUUUGAAAAAAAGCCUGCUGCUACGGGAACAUUUGGUGUUCGACUGGAUGACUGCCCGCCAGCUCAUACUAAUCGGUAUAUUCCAUUAAUAGUUGAUAUAUGUUGCAAAUUAGUUGAAGAAAGAGGUCUUGAAUAUACAGGUAUUUAUAGAGUUCCUGGAAAUAAUGCAGCCAUCUCAAGUAUGCAAGAAGAACUCAACAAGGGGAUGGCUGAUAUUGACAUACAAGAUGAUAAAUGGCGAGAUUUGAAUGUGAUAAGCAGUUUACUAAAAUCCUUCUUCCGAAAACUCCCUGAGCCUCUCUUCACAAAUGAUAAAUAUGCCGAUUUUAUUGAAGCCAAUCGUAAAGAAGAUCCUCUAGAUCGUCUGAAAACAUUAAAAAGACUAAUUCACGAUUUGCCCGAACAUCAUUACGAAACACUUAAGUUUCUUUCGGCUCAUCUGAAAACAGUGGCAGAAAAUUCAGAAAAAAAUAAGAUGGAACCAAGAAAUCUAGCAAUAGUCUUUGGGCCAACCCUUGUGCGGACAUCAGAAGACAACAUGACCCACAUGGUCACUCACAUGCCUGACCAGUACAAGAUCGUAGAGACCCUAAUCCAGCAUCAUGACUGGUUUUUCACAGAAGAAGGUGCCGAAGAACCUCUUACAACAGUGCAGGAAGAAAACACUGUAGACUCCCAGCCAGUGCCAAACAUAGAUCAUUUACUCACCAACAUUGGAAGGACAGGAGUGUCGCCUGGAGAUGUAUCAGAUUCAGCUACUAGUGACUCAACAAAAUCAAAGGGCUCGUGGGGCUCCGGGAAGGACCAGUACAGCAGGGAGCUGCUGGUGUCCUCCAUCUUCGCGGCCGCCAGUCGCAAGAGGAAAAAGCCAAAAGAAAAGGCCCAGCCCAGCAGCUCGGAAGACGAAUUGGACAAUGUCUUCUUCAAGAAGGAAAACGUGGAGCAGUGCCACACCGAUUCUAAAGAAGAGCCCAAGAAAGAGAGUGAGGCGCUGGGCAGAAAGCAGAGGACGGUGGUCGGCAAGGACAGCGGCGGCAGGAGGGCCCCGGGCGCGGCGAGCGACGACAAGACCGCGGUCCGGAAGGAGCCCUCGCCCUCGCCGCCCGGCGCGAAAGCCGGCAAGUCGCCGACGCUCAGCUGUCGCUUCGCCGUCCUGAGAGAGAGCCCCCGAGCCCCGCUGCCCCAGCGGCCGGGGCCCCCGGGCGAGGCGGGCUCGGACCCCCAGGCCGCGCCGCCCAGGGCGUCCGCGAGGAAGUCCGCCAGCCCGGAAACGAACCGCGGCGACUUCCUGGCCAGCGUCGCCCCCGAGUCCCCCGCCACGGCGCCCGCCGCGGGCCCGGACUGCAGCCGGCUGAGCCCCGACGCGCGCUCGGUGGCCGAGAGCAAGGGCGACGAGGCGGACGACGAGCGGAGCGAGCUGGUGAGCGAGGGGCGGCCGGCCGAGAGCGACAGCGAGGGCGACUUCCCGGUGUUCGCGGCGGCGCCCCCGGGCGGGCCGGGCCGCGGGAGCCCGGGCGGCAGCGAGCACAGCGGCGCCGACGGCAGCCUCACGCCCAGCCUGGACGGCCGCCGGCCGCCCUUCAGCUCGCACAAGCUCAUCGAGUGCGACACGCUGGCGCGCAGGAAGGCCGCCCGCUUCCGGUCGGACGGCGGCGCGGGGGACGCGGGGCCCGAGCGCGACGCCCAGGCGUGCGACGUCAUGCGGAAGGGCAAGUCCACCGGCAGCCUGCCGGCGCCCGGCCGCGGCGACGCCGAGCGGCCCGAGCCCACGUGGAGGGCGCGCCUCGCCGACCGGCUGAAGCUGCGGCCCCGCGCGCCCGCCGACGACAUGUUCGCGCUCGCGGCGCAGAGGGCCGGCGGCGAGCCCAAGAGGAAGAGCAUCAGGCGCAGACACACGCUGGGCGGGCACCGGGACGCCGCGGACCUGAGCGUCCUGAGCUUCUGGCGGGCGCACGAACAGGGCGCGGGGAGGGAGCCCGAGCUCUCCGCCGUGACCCGCUUGAAACCCAAGUGCCCCGCGCAGGACCUGUGCAUCUCGGACUGGCUCGCCCGCGAGCGCCUGCGCACCAGCGCCUCCGACCUGAGGGGCGACCCCGCGGACCCCGCGCCCGAGCACCCCCGAGUUCCAGAAACACCCGCCGCCGACGCCCCUUUGUCUUUCCAGUCAGACACAGGCAGUUCUUCCAGCACCUCGGCCUCGACCCACAGGCCCCCUCUGUCCACACCGCCACAGCCAUCCGACCAGGUGAACGGAGAGAGCUUCCAGAACUCGAGCCGAAACGCCACGGCUGCAGUUCAUGCCCAGCCUCGGAAACUGUCCGAAACCCCGGGCGGUAAAGCACAGUUUCAUCCCUGUCUUUAAACUGCGGGCACGUCCACCAUAGCAAAUAAAAAGCUACUGUUAUCACACGUUCCAAUAACUCUGUAAAUAUUUCCUUGUACCAGAAUUGUUAUUAUGCAGCCUUCAUUUGGGCUGGUUUCAUCAUUUUGCACUGUGGAAUAGCUUUACAGUGCAUCACGACAGCCAGAAGAACACACAUAUAUAUUUAAAGAUAUAUCGGAUAGUUGUAUACAAAUGAGCAAGGUAUUUGUUGCAACUUACUACAUAGUAUAUACCCCAAAUUACUGAAGAAAAUCGCUGGCAUUAGUGUGCAGCCAAUUCGUUCUUUUGGUUUCAUCACUAACAAAAGUGCCUCAUCAUAAAGUACAUUUGGUUUUUAGGGUGCCAUAUUGUUAAAAUUAGAUAACUUACAUUGAAUAAAUGAUUGCGUUUUAUUGGUAACAAAUUUCAUUACACAUGCCAGUUUUAACACAGGUGGAUACAGAACCUUCCAUUCUUUAGUCAUUCCAGGUGGAUCUGAGUUUUAUAUUCAAACUUUUAAUACAGUUUUUGAGUUUUGUGUGACUUGAAUUUUUAAUCUUUCUGUAAAAUACGUAACUUAAAUGAACAUAUUAAAUGUGUAUCUUUUCUUCAGAUACCAGAUUUGAUAUAAAUGUUGUAACAUAGGUGUGUAGAUAGUGGAUCCUGGAUGGAACUGGCUUCUUUAUCAAGAGGAAUAUAAUUCUGCAUGAGGGCUUAAUGAAUCCAAACCUGUGUCAUGCCUGUGUGCAUACCCAAUUAAACACUGGAAAUAAAAAAAAAUUGUUUUGGUGAA